UAUUAGGAGUGCUCAAACCUCGUCGUAGAACACACGUAUAGUUCAAAAAUCAAAAAAGCAUUAUUACGAAGAAAAUUUCUACAAAAUGAAGCAAGCCUUUAAAAUGAUCAGAUUAUUUUCAAAAUUUGUUCUUAAAAACAUUCUCUUUCUCUUACUGCUACUUGGAGUUAUAUCGGGAAUCAUAAUUGGAAUAUCUCUCAACCCCGUAGUAAAGCAAUCAACGAAAUUCACUCCAAAAGACUGGGCGAUGUUUAUCGGUUUUCCUGGGGAAAUAUUUCUUCGAAUGUUGAUGCUGGUUGUAGUACCAUUCAUAGCAUCCAGUGUCAUUACGUCUGUGACCACAAUUGAUAAACGGGCUGCAGCAUCAAUUGGAAAGCGAGCAGCAAUAUACUUCUGGCUAACCACAGCCAUUGGUACAGGUAUGGCGGUUACUAUUGGAAGAAUCAUGAUCAAAUCUAAGGCUGGUGAAUCAGAAGAAAUAGAUGAAGAUAUUUCCUCAUCGACAGCUGGUUCAAGUCCCGUUUACGCUAUUCUAGACAUGCUAAGAAAUAUGGUCCCGGACAACAUUUUACAAGCAAGUUUUGCAUCCACUGGAACAAAAUUCGCUACAAAAGUCACGAGCCACAAGUUCUUAAAUGUCUCCACAAACUGGAUCAGGAAAUCACCUGAAAAUAUGUCAAAUUUUCUCAAUGCUGAAACGAUAAAUCCAUUGAGUGUAUCGCCAGAGUCUAUCGUGAUUAUCAAAGAUGGAAUUGUAAUGACUGAAUAUGCCGGCCAAGUGAAAUAUCCUUCUCCUAAUCUAAUGGGCAUCGUGUUUUUUUCCAUUGCGUUCGGCAUAGUUCUCAGUGGUCUUCAAAUGAAAGGAAAUCCUAUAGCAGAUUUCUUUCAAUGUUUACUUAAAGUAACUACGAGACUGGUUGAUGUUCUUGUAUGGUUGUCACCUAUUGGCAUUGGAAGCAUUAUCGCAGGCAAUUUGGCUGGAAUGGAAGAUAUAAUAGGAACGACAGAGAGGCUUGGAAUGUACCUGGCAGCUUCGUUUGUUACCUUUUUGCUCCAUGGAUUUGUUGUCCUUCCAAUUAUUUAUGCCAUCGUAAAAAGAAAAAAUCCCUUCCAACUUUUUCGUGCUGUAUCCCAUGCAUUACUAAUGGGCUUAGGGACGGCUUCAAGCUCAGUAACAAUUCCAGUCACUUUGGACAGCUUUCAGAAAAACAAUUUGGUAGAGAAAAAUUUUGCACGGUUUCUUCUUCCCGUUGGUACAAUCACUUACGUGCCAGCCACUGCAAUCUAUAUUGCUUUAGCAGCUGUUUUUUUCGUCCAGACUAGUCAUAACAACCUCAUGACAAUUACAUCAUCUAUCCUCAUAUGUUUAUCUUCGACGAUUGCAACCUUAGCUGCUCCGCCUAUUCCUGCUGCGACGCCGAUUGCAGUUCAAAGUGUAGUCUUAACGAUCAUCGGAAUUCCUUCAGCUGAUAUUGGAAUUAUAGUGGCAACAGACUGGUUGAUAGAUCGCAUUGCGACUCCAAUGAAUAUUUGGUCGAAUGUCAUUGCUUGCAUCGUUAUUGAAAAUUUCUCAAAAGACGAACUUCAAAUAAUCGCUUUUAAUAGUACGUCAAGAAAGAACAGUAGAAUUAGUGCUUGUAGCAGAAAUAGCGUUUGUAGCAGAAAUAUCGUCAGUGGUAGAGUUAGCACAAGUAGUGUUAAUGAAGUCUGUGCGGGUUUUUCACAAGUCGAGCUUGCUAACCAUUUGGAACAAUUUGUAAACAAACAAGAAAGUUCCUCGUUUAAAAGAAGAAGAAAGACAUCGCAAGGAAGUGUCAAGUUCAACUUAGAGGCAGUGGAGGAAGUCUCGGAGAACGAGGAAAAAAACACGGGCACAGCAGUUGUUAAUAUAACCGAGGAAGGUGAACUCUGCAGUGAAAAUUCAACAAACAAAACCGCUACCGAAGAUUAUGAAAAUUCUGUUGCAAUCACCAUUGAAGAUGAAGGAGACAGCGCAUGCGUCAGUACAGUCACAUCUAAUGAUGAUGAGGCAGGAAACUGUGAAGUUGAAACUGAGAAACCUGAGUGAAGCAUUAAUCGCAAACUUUGCCAGCUAAAUGAGAAAAAAUGAACGACAAUGUGCCUUGAUGUGUUUCAAUGACAGAUUAUAAUUUACUUUAAAAUUAAUAUGUUUUGAAAGAAUCAGUAUGUAUUAAAAGAAUUGCUUUCAUAUGAAAAGCUUUAAA